AUGUCUGCCUCAGUCCUUGACUACACCACAGCCCUCGAGGUGCUGAAGGAGUACAAGCAGAAGGAUGGCCUCGACAUCCACGAGCUUAUGGACACAACCAAGCACGGUGGUCUUACCUACAAUGACUUCCUGCUUCUACCCGGCUACAUUGGCUUCGCUGCCUCUGAGGUCACCCUCGAUGCGCCCAUCACCAAGCGCAUCACUCUCAAGACUCCCUUCGUCUCGUCUCCCAUGGACACUGUCACAGAGCACGAGAUGGCCAUCCACAUGGCUCUCCAGGGCGGUCUUGGUGUUAUUCACCACAACUGCUCUCCUGAAGCUCAGGCCGAUAUGGUCCGCAAGGUCAAGCGAUACGAGAACGGUUUCAUCCUCGACCCUAUCGUCAUUGAUCGCAACACCACUGUUGGUGAGGCCAAAGCUCUGAAGGAGAAGUGGGGUUUCGGUGGUUUCCCAGUCACUGCCGACGGCAAGCUUGGUUCCAAGCUGCUUGGUAUUGUUACCAACCGAGACCUCCAGUUCGAGGAGGACCUUGACCAGCCCGUCUCCAAUGUCAUGGUUACUGACCUUGUCACUGCUCCCGAGCACGUCACUCUCCUCGAAGCCAACAAGAGUCUUUCCAAGUCCAAGAAGGGCAAGCUGCCCAUUGUCGACAAGGACUUCAACCUGGUCUCUAUGAUCUCUCGCUCCGAUUUGACCAAGAAUCAGCACUUCCCCAAUGCCUCCAAGCUUCCCGACAGCAAGCAGCUCCUCUGCGCUGCUGCCAUUGGCACUCGCCCCGAGGACAAGCUUCGUCUGAAGAAGCUGGUUGAUGCCGGCCUUGACAUCGUUAUCCUUGACAGCUCUCAGGGUAACAGCAUGUAUCAGAUUGAGAUGAUCAAGUGGGUGAAGAGUGAGUUCCCUGGUGUCGAUGUCAUUGGCGGAAACGUCGUGACUCGAGAGCAGGCUGCUUCUCUGAUCGCCGCUGGUGUCGACGGUCUCCGAAUCGGUAUGGGCAGUGGCUCUGCCUGUAUCACUCAGGAGGUUAUGGCUGUCGGCCGUCCUCAGGCCGCCGCUGUCUACAGCGUCAGUCGCUUCGCUGCCCGCUUCGGUGUUCCUUGUAUCGCCGAUGGUGGUAUCCAGAACGUUGGCCACAUCGUCAAGGGCCUUGCUCUGGGUGCUUCUACCAUCAUGAUGGGUGGUCUCUUGGCUGGUACCACUGAGUCUCCCGGCACUUCUUUCGUCUCCCGCGAGGGUAAGCUCGUCAAGGCUUACCGAGGUAUGGGAAGUAUCGAUGCUAUGCAGGACAAGAAGGCCGGCAACGGUGGUAAGGACAGCCAGAAGAGCAAUGCUGGUACUGCCCGUUACUUUUCUGAGGGUGAUAGCGUCCUGGUUGCCCAGGGUGUCUCUGGCGCUGUUGCUCACCGAGGUUCGAUCAACAAGUUUGUUCCCUAUCUUGCUGCUGGACUCAAGCACUCUCUCCAGGACAGUGGCAUGACCAGCCUUAAGACUAUGCACGAGAGUGCUGAGGCUGGUGAGCUGCGCUUCGAGCUUCGAACGGCCAGCGCUCAGUUGGAGGGCAACGUCAACAUGGAGUCUUAUGAGAAGAAGCUUUAUGCGUAA